AUGUCGCCCUACUCAAAGUCCGUCCCGAGUUUGCAUCAUGUCAACCCCCCGGAGCUCUACGAACCGCCACCAUAUUACUCCCACGUUAUUUCCACUACCGGCCCAUGUCGUAUGAUUGCCACAGCUGGGCAGGUGGGAUGCGAUGAAAACAAGCUCUUCCCCGAAGACAUGAACGAGCAAAUAGCCUUGGCAAUGGAAAACCUCAGCCGUGCUCUGGAGGCUGCCGGUGCCACCGUCAGGGACGUGUACAAGCUGGUAUACUACAUGGUUGAUUAUGAUCCUAGGAACAAAAUACAUUCGAAACACCUUGAAGCCUUCUUGCAGGGGCAUCGGCCUGCAACGACCCUGGUACCGGUGCCGGCGCUCGCAUCGCCGCAGACGAAGUUUGAAAUCGAGGCGUAUGCCGCGGUGCCACAGGAGCCGCUGCGGGAGGUCGACGUCGUCGUGGUAGGAGCAGGUCUGAGUGGAUUGAAGGCCGCAUGGGAGGUGCAAAAAGCUGGCUUCUCCUGCGUGGUUGUUGAGGCCAGAGACCGUGUCGGAGGCAAGACCUACUCGGUUGAUCCGCUGGGCGAUGGGAGAAAGGUAGAUCUGGGAGGAGCGUGGAUCAACGACACAAACCAGAGUGAGAUCUACAAGCUUGCUCAAACGUUGAACUUGGAGCUUGUGGUCCAGAGGUCGGAUGGAGACGCCAUCUUCGAAGACUUGAAUGGUGGUCUCCGCAGAGCUGGUUAUGGUCUCAUGCCUGAUUCUCUGGCUGAGCCCGGUGCGGUAGAGGCAAUUCGGUUGAUUAUCGAGGAGACCGAGAAUGCCUGCCAUAAACUGGAUAUCCGUGACCCAGUUGGAACCGGAGAAGGGCUCGACAAACUGACUCUACUUGAAUGGGCGAAGACGAAAACGUCCUCCGAGACAGCAUUAGCUGUCGUUAACCUAUGGACGAGAGCCAUGAUGGGUAUUGAGGCGUCGGAAAUCAGUGCGUUGUUCUUCUUAAACUACAUGAAGAGUGGAGGAGGGCCAGCUCGCAUGCGGUCCGACUUCAAGCAUGGAGCCCAAUAUCUCCGUUUCCUUGCAGGUGAGUAUGAUGUCGAACGUCACAGCAUCAACCUCUCCUUUAUGCGUAUGCUUAUUAGAACAUCCACAGGCUCUCAGUCUGUGUCUCUCGGCCUGGUGGACUUGCUUCAGCCAAACACCGUCGUGCUCAAGUCGCCCGUUUUCAGGAUUUCGCAGUUACCAUCAGGAGCGCUGGUGUCUUCGGCGCGCGGUGACUUCUCCUGUAAACGAGUCAUUUUCUCGGUGCAAACAAUCCUCUACAAGAGCAUCACCUUCGACCCUCCCCUGCCCCCCUCGAAGCUCGAAAUCGCAAAACACGUCGUCCAGUCUUGUUCCUUCAAAACCAUCAUAAUCUACUCAGAGACAUGGUGGCGCAAGGCUGGUCUUUCCGGUGCUUUUACGUCUUUCACCGGACCUGUAUCAACCACUAGAGACACAAGCAACUAUCAAAAGGGUCAAUAUUCGUUGACCUGCUUUGCCAAUGGAGAUUUUGGACGCCGGCUGGGUAAGUAUCCCAGGGCAGAGCGCACCAAAGCCAUCUUGGCGCAUAUCAAACGAGUCUUUGGUCCGUACACAGAUAUAAUAGAUCCUAUUGCCGUGGUUCAACGCACGUGGAGUAAAGAUCUGUGGUCACGGGUGUGUACCGUCCCGGUUUCACCGCCGGGGAUUACUACCCUUCAUGAGCAUGCCCUCCGGGUCACCCACGGCAAGGUACACUUUGUCGGCACCGAGACUGCGUAUGAAUGGAAAGGAUACAUGGAUGGGGCCGUGAGUUCUGGUGAUCGUGGAGCAAAAGAAGUUAUCCAAGCUUUGAGUGAGGCGAAGUUGUAG